GAGAAAACUGCUGUGGAAAACUCGGCCAGAAGCUAACAAGGUGACAAGUUCAUCCACAACAUCACCACAAACGUCUUUUCAAGCCAGAGUGGAGAGGAAGGAGAGGAGGAAGACUGGAUAGGAAGAAGAGUGAAAGAGAUAGAGGAGGAAAGGACCUGAGGACAUGAUGACUCCUUGCUGUCCCCAGUCCACCUGGCCAUGCUGCUGCUCCAGUUUCAACUGACCUGAGCCCUAGGACCAUGCCCCAGGACUACCUGACAUGAUGACUCCUUGCUGUCCCCAGUCCACCUGGCCAUGCUGCUGCUCCAGUUUCAACUGUUCUGCCUUACUAUUAUUUGACUAUGCUGGUCAUUUAUGAACAUUUGAACAUCUUGGCCACGUUCUGUUAUAAUCUCCACCCGGCACAGCCAGAAGAGGACUGGCCACCCCACAUAGCCUGGUUCCUCUCUAGGUUUCUUCCUAGGUUUUGGCCUUUCUAGGGAGUUUUUCCUAGCCACCGUGCUUCUACACCUGCAUUGCUUGCUGUUUGGGGUUUUAGGCUGGGUUUCUGUACAGCACUUUGAGAUAUCAGCUGAUGUACGAAGAGCUAUAUAACUAAAAUUUGAUUUGAUUUGAUUCUCCUAUGGAGAACUGGAAGAACCCUUUUGGAACCCUUUUUUUAUAAGAGUAGAUCAGAGACCUGGGUGGUCAGGGUGUGGUUCAAUAGUUGAUUUUGGGUCAUUUCCUGUUUUUGGAUGCUCUUGGGAGUUUUUAUUACAUUGUGAAAACAGAAUCAAGAAUGGAGGCAUUGUAGUGUGCAAUGUGAUACAGGGAAAAUACAACAAAUGAUGAAAUGUUAUCAGGAAAAUGCUGCAAAGAACAUAUUGUACUGUAUGUCAAUCUUCAUAAAAGCAACACUAUAGUUCACCAGCUUUGUCUCUCUGCAUGACAUUUUAUCACACUAGCUCAAGAUAGUAUGGUCUGAUUAAAUUGUGGUCUACAGAUGUAGGAUCUUAAUUUGAGGAGUUUAAUCCUGCAGCAAUAAAAAAUUAGAAUUAUUGUGUGGAUUAUAAAAAUGUUUUUGUGUAGGGUUUGAUACAUUUUUGUUAGAGCAAAUAAAGUCUGAAAUGUUCAAGUGGAAAUUACAAACUUUAGAACCCUUUUUAAACCUUGAAUACACAACAAGUUAGCAUUUUCUGAAGUGCAGGAAAUGUUCUUGCAACAACAGGGUCACAACAUUAAGAUCCUACACCUGUAUGUUUCCGUGUCAAAGCCCUGCCACAGACUUCCUUUUGGUGCCUGUACCCUUUUUAAGUAGAAAAAAGACAGAUGAUGUAGCUGAUGAAUUCUGGCAACUUGAUUGAAGCUUAAGUAGUGGAACUGACACUAACUGGAACUUUUUUUAAAUGUAAAAAAAAAUGUUUUACACAGGAACUUCUCAUUUGCUUCAAGUUAAUCAGUAUCAGCACAACGCAUAUUUAUAGACGGCCUACUUUAAAUUCAAAAGGAUAUACUAUACUAAAUGUUUGUUUUUACUAACUUUUGAUUGUUAACAAACAUUGGAUUAAGUGUUAUUUAUAAUCUAAUUAUGUACAAAGUGUUAUGUUUGUUCCUUAUAUAAUGACAAACCGGGGCGUAGGUUUAACUACUUUUAAUGAACAUAUAUUUCAGCUAGACAACUCCAUGUUUAGCCAUGCAAGGCAUUCUUUAACCAACUCCCACGCCCGCAUAGCCCGCUGGGUAAUGUAGUCUAAAUGUUAUUAACACAUAACAACACACAAAGCUUCUGUGUUUAUCGCUUACCUACUGACUGUUAAUGAACGUGCAUAGUUAAUUUACUUUAUAGUUGUAGAUUAUUAAUGGUCUGUACAAUCCCCCUGUAAUGUUCUUUUCUGUAGUUUGUCUUUCUGUGUUUUUCAUAGAUGUAAGGAUGUGGCCAGUGGAACAGGAAAUGUAACACCUACCAUGGCUGUUUAACAAAAGUUAAUCUAAAGGGGAUAAAAGAGGAAGUCACUGAGCAGCCAUACACAAAUGCAUUAGCGUAUAGCUAGUUAUGUUCAUUCCCACUGUCAUCCAUUUUGACAUGAAGAUGGUUGGAAGCUGGUUGUUUCUCCUCAUCUCUCUCCAAGGAUAUGAGGCUCCCUCCACACACAAUGUAAACUGCCUGAUCAUUAAUCUGGAUUAUGUCAACUGCAUCUGGAGUGAACAGAGGAUCCCAGAGGUCAACUUCACCUUUUUCAGCAGCAGGUUCAUCAAAGGUAAGAUGGAGGAGUGCACAACAUAUCUCCAGGAGGAGAGUUAUGCUGUGGGAUGUAGACUGUCCUAUGACAAGUCUGACAGGUUUAGAACACUGACAACCAAGCUGGUCCAUCAGAACAACAGUUAUGUGCAGGACCAUAACCUGAAAAGCAUGGUGAAGCUUUACCCUCCUGUCAACCUGUCAGUUGAGAUGAACAAAGACCCAGAGCUGAAUCUGUACUGGAACAACAGCAAGAACACCUUAUGCAUUGAGAGUGAAGUUCGCUACAGAAUAAACGGCGACAAGUGGAAGACAUCUACUCCAAGCAAGGAACAGAAGUAUGCUGUGGCUUUCCCGUUAAAGAGCAGUCGGUAUGAGUUUCAAGUGAGAGCACGAGUCAACAACAUGUGUGGCGAGUCCAAGUUCUGGAGUGAAUGGAGUCAGCCUAUUCAAUGGGAUUCCAGGAAGGGAAAUAACAUCACAGAAAUAUCUGGCAGCUCAAUGUCUGUGUGGAAGCCAGUAUUGUCAUUAGUGGGUACCAUGACACUCUUCAUAUUGGCCUGCAUGCUGGUCUACAGGGAAAGAGAACGACUGAGAUUCAUCCUCAUUCCCAUUGUGCCUAAUCCAGGAAAGAACCUAGAUGAGAAUGUAGAGGCCUGGUGUCAAAUCUCCAAGGACAUUUGCUUCCAGUCUAACUUCACUGAGCUUGCCUGUCCUGUUCGUGAGUACAGUCUGGUUCCCCAAACUGGCAGCGUCAGUGAAUCUGAGAGCAACUUCUCCAUCCUAACAGACCAGUCAGAUCUCCUGUCCACGUGCUCCUCCUCAGCUUCCACUUUUCCUGUCACAAGUGAAAAUGAACAAGCUGGUAUUGAAUGAGACUUACAAUGGCUGCAUUCUAAUUACCCUUCUCCCCUAGGUGUGCACUUGCUUGCUCCCCCUCAUUGAUAAUACGUAUUAGAUGGGUGUAUGCAUGGGCUAAAGGGAGUUUCUAUCAUAUUUUUUGUUGUUGAAUUUUAACAUAUGAACAUCCUUAAUAUUACGGCACCCAAUUUGUAAUAAAUGCAAGCAUUUUUGUUUGAUGUUCAACCAUUUGUAAGAUUUUUAAAUGCAUCGAUUUUUGAGAGAGAAUAAAACGUAAAAUGCACUGAACAUUGCAAUAAUGACAUACCCUCCUAUUGCGAGAUAAAACACUGUUAAUUACACAAACUGACCACAUGAGCUAGGCUACUUAUGAGCAUGCAUGUCUAAAAUGGUUCUAAUAAUGUCAUAAAAAAAAGACAUCUAUGCAUAUACAAGCUAAUGAAAAAAAUGAUCUUAGCACAGGGUUAAACAUAGUUGGAAUUGAUUGAGUGUUCAGCUGACAGUUUUAAUAUUAUAAACAAUCCCUUGUGAAAUUUCAAUUGUACUAUUGCACACUGUAUCUCGUUGGAAUAGAGGGAGCAUCUGAAAUGUGGAAUAUUAGCGUAUACCUUCAAUAAAAUGGUAUUUUAAAGGAGCUUGUAUUUAAAUGUAUUAGGGAUACCCACUGCUCUUCCUGGGGUCCAAACACAUUAAGGCACUUACAGUACAUAUAAAACAAAUUAUAAAAUAGUACAAAAGAUAAAACAGUACAUCAUACAACAUUAUUACACCACUGCAUAUCUACAAUACAAAAUGUAUAAUACCACCAAACAACAAUAUUACAAUGUACAUGUGUGGAGAGUGAGUGUGCUAGCGCUUGUGUGCCUAUGCCUGUGUCUGUACCUUUGUGUAUAUUUCUUCACAGUCCCCGCUGUUCCAUAAGGUAUAUUUUAAUCUGUUUUUAAAAAAUCUGAUUGUAAUAGUAUUUUCUUUAAAAUGUUGUUUCCAAGCGGGGGUUACUGCUAUAAAAAUUACUAUAGGCUAUUGGCCUAUUUCCUCUUAAAUAAAUAUGAUAAACGUUGCUUCCUAAUGUUGCAUGAUAUCCUGUAAUCCUACCAGUGGCAACCUGUCAUUCAGGGCAGGUGCCCCACCUGUUUUAAGUCAUAUCAGUUUGCAAACAAUGUAAACAAAAAAAACAUAUUCAUUGAGAUAAUAAAGCUGCAGACAAA